AUGGCCCCCAAGGCGUCCAUACUGGGGACCCCUGAUUCAUUCCCCGGGACUCUACCUGCCACCCAAGAUGAAAUUGUGCCAUUUGGAGCUGCACAGAACCCUCAGAAUCUAGACGUACCACCUCUCUACCUCCCUCACCUCAGCCCCCUGGUAGCCUGCCUCAGCACCCACAGAUUGGAACUGCAAUGCCUAGCUAAGGCCAGCCCCGCGGGGACUGCAGGGGGACCUGGGGCUGGAGCUGCGGCAGGGGGCACGGGACCCAUGGUGGCGCGGGCCGGGGAGCCUGCCGAGCGGCGCGGGGCCGCUCCGGUGUCGGCUAGCGGCGUGGCGCCCCCGGAGGGGGCCAUGUCUAACGGGGUUUAUGUACUGCCGAGUGCGGUCAAAGGAGACGUGAAGCCGGUGGUGUCCAGCACGCCUCUGGUGGAUUUCCUGAUGCAGCUGGAAGAUUAUAUGCCUACGAUCCCAGACGCAGUGACUGGUUACUACCUGAACCAUGCUGAAUUUGAGGCUUCGGACCCACGCAUAAUUCGGCUCAUCUCGCUAGUUGCCCAGAAAUUCAUCUCAGAUAUUGCCAACGAUGCCCUACAGCACUGCAAAAUGAAGGGCACAACUUCUGGCAGCUCCCAAAGCAAGAGCAAGGACCACAAGUACACUCUAACCAUGGAGGACUUGACCCCUGCCCUCAGCGAGUAUGGCAUCAAUGUGAAGAAGCUGCACUACUUCACCUGAGCCACCCAACCUAAAUGUACUUGUCUGUCCCCUUGUCCCCACACCAGCCUGUUUUCAUAAUAAACUUUAUUGUGACAGGCAAAAA